AUCAUUGUUGCUCCAUUAACCGACCGGGCCGUACGUCCAAUUAGAAAAUUAAUGAUAGUGACCUUACGAAAAUGAAGUGCGUUCUGUUUGUGGCUUGUGUGGUAGCUGUGAGGGGGUACAGUAUAGGGGAGAACGUUAUCACCCCCCGUUUGAGUACAAGUGAGGAUCUGUUGGACAGUGUGAUCAGUGAUUGUUUUGAUACGAGCGAACCUUCAGCAUGUCUCAAAGUCAAAGUGCUUUCAUACCUGGAUACCCAGCUGGGAGUGAGUCAGGAGUCGGCCCGGUCUUUUGACGAGAAGAACAUCGAUAAAGUGAUCUUCGAUCGAGUUGGGAGGAUCCUGAACGCAAACGAGUUCAGAUUCAAGCUGCCGGAGUUCAUCUUCCAGAGCGCUGAGGUUUCGUACAGAGCUGAUCGGGGAUUCGAUGUGGAAUUCCCUGAGGAGACUGAAAAUGGCGAAGCUCGUGGCCUCUUGAAGAAGAAGCUGCUGCUGCCCGUCCUACUUCUCCUGAAGCUGAAGAUGAAGGCGAUCAUGCCGAUUCUCGUCACCAUCAUCGGCAUCAAGGCUGUGAAGGCCCUGAUCCUUAGCAAGCUAGCCAUCACUCUGGUGCUUGGAUUCCUGAUCUACAAUCUGGUUAUGAAGAAGGGAGCGAUGCCCAUGAUGAUGGCCCCGACUGACGCCCCACCAGCGCCCCAAUACGGCCCCCCCGCCUCCCAGUACGGCCCCCCCUCCACGCCCGCCGCCCCCGCCGACUCCUACGGCAGCCCCCAAUGGGAACCCUCCAGCUCAGGCCCCUACUCACGCGUCUGGGACCCCAGCCAGCUAGCCUACAGCUCAUACUUCCCUAGUGAGAACUCUGGCUCUCAAUCCCCAAGCUAUUCCAGCGUAGCUUCCAUCUCCUCCGUCUCUUCUUCGUCGACCGCGUCCACCUACUAGCUACCUCUACAUCAUGUACAUAGCACGGAUAGUUUAGCUAAUUUAUUGUAUUUAAAUUAUUUAUUGACACAAUAAAGAACUGAUGUUUUACAAGUU